UGCAUGAUCCCAAGCAGGUGCAAUAGCAGGAACCAAGCAGGGUUGCCUUCCUUCCAAGGAAUGGCUUGCCAGCUUGGCAUGGCACGGCUCAUGCAAGUGAGUCAGACCACGGCAAUUUCCUGGCCCAGUCAUCUGUCUGUAGUGUGUCAAAGCAUUUGGGAGCUCAGAUCAUUAAAAAGAGGAAAAGACACACGGCUCAGCACUGCUGGCAUUAUUACUGCUUGUCUGAAUUCGCCAACCGUUCCUGAGAGUCAUUUCCUACCAUAGAUAUCCUUCUGGGGGCUGAACUUUGACAGGAAGCUAUAAGUAAUUUUUCCAGCACUGCAAAACCAGACUUCUACAGUGAAUUUUGAAGGGGAAGUCACAACCUCGCAUGGCAAAACCGUAACAUCUUUCCUUAGUGCCUACUUUGGACAAAACUCUGCCAUCCAUCCAUCUCUAUCUACUGGUAACGCCUUUACCCUCACAUCUUUACCCCUUUGCCAGAAGCGUCCCUCCAAAGGAGGUUUUGGCAGUUGCAUGACAUCCUGCUGGUGAACUCUGGAAGGUGUGGCAGAUGAGGCCUCUUUCUCCAGGAGAUGGAGCUUCCCAACUCGGGUUGCUCCUCCGAGGACCAGACUACCUGCGUAAGCAGCUGGAGGUGAGCAGCGGGGGACGGACCUUGAGUGCCGUGGAAAGGCUGGAAGCAGACAAAGCCAAAUACGUCAAAUCCCAGCAGGUGAUCAACAGCCGUCAAGAGCCGGUGUUGCUCAGCCCCAGCCUCCAGGCUUCUCCUUGCUGCCGGAGGCCGCUGACUCUGCACCAACACAGUGAGUUCUCACAAGGCUUGGUGGUAGGCCAAGACAGCCUCGGGCCCAAGAAGCUGCCUCCUCCUUCUCCUCCUCCUCAGUCGCCCAUAGCGCGGAGGGCGGGCAGCCGGCGCAUGCUGCGGCCCGACUCGCUGGUCAUCUACCGGCAAAAGAAGGACUGCUCGGCUGUCAACAAGGAGAACGGCAAAGGCUACGGGCUUGUCCGGCGCCUCUUUCAGGGCCCGCUGAGGGAGGGCCUUAGCAGCCACCCUUCCCCGAGGGGCGUGUUGGGAGAUGGUCAGCUGCAAGGGGAACAGCGGGAGGCCUCCAUGGUCUGGGCUCCAGCAGAAAGGGAGAAGACACGAGUCAUGCGUUCUGUAGGCAUCCUGGCCAACUCCAGCUGUGGGCCAAGCCGGACACCCCUGCCCACCGCCCAGCUGGAAACGGACGCUGUUUCUCCCUCCUCCGGCCCUGGCCUGAAAGACUCCAAGAGGGAGCUGGGGCUGAGCUAUUCCCUUCCUCUCUCGGAGAAGGAGCGGUUCUUUAACUACUGCGGCCUGGACCGGAACCUGGUGGAGGUGCUGGGAGAGGAGCGGUUCAAGCCCGGCAGCUGGGAAGCCGGCUCGUCCUGCCUGCUCGUAGGGAGCGUGGGGUCGGCCACUUCCGAGCAUGCAGGCCCCUCGCACAAUGGAGAGGACCUGUCCACUGAAGAGCUGAGCGAGAAGCUGCCCGCCCUGGUCUCCGUUGUCGAGAGAAACGCCCGGGUCAUUAAAUGGCUGUACAGCUGCCAGCAGGCCCGGACUGUGGCCAAGGAGUCCACAGUAUGAGCACAGCCCAUGGCCACAAGUGGCUCCUGUCAUAAGGAGGCGGAGAGCCGGGCAGUUGGGUUCCCAGAAGCUUGUCAGGGCCCGGUGGGCCUCCUUGGGGCCCCGGUUCUGUCUGAAGGUGUUGGAGCAUCCCUGCUUGGCAGGAGGAGAUGGUGCGGCUUCAGCAGGCACUCCUCUCAGCAUGGAAGCGGACAGACCGUUGGAGCCCGUGUGCUGCCAUCCAAAAUAGCCCUGCCUGGGCCCACACAGGCCGUCAGCCAGAGUGGCGGGAGGGCUGCGGGUGAGGAUGUGCUGAGGCCUAUGCCUGAAGGCACGUGCGGUUUGUGACAAGAGCUCUGGCGCCUCGCUGUCCUCCAUGGUGGCAUGAGACAGAGGCCACCAAAUGGUGGGCACUUGAUCCUUCUGCGCUUGCUGGAAAGUCAGGGCAGUGUGCCAGGUUGUGUUGGAAACUUGGGUCCAAAUGCCCGCGGGGUUGUGAAGGUCUCUGAGUCAUGUGCUACUGUGCAGGGCCGUUGUGGAAAUAAAACCUGAUUCGCUCCAUCGGCUAACGCCUGGG